AUGAAAAGCUUCAGAUCAAGUGUCCAAGGCAAGACCUGGCGAAAUGACAACUAUCUCAUCUCAACCGACCAUACCGCUAUUCCGGUCGCAGAUCUCAUAAACGCAUUCGCGUCAGAUGAAUUUUAUUGGGCCAAAGAGAUAUCAACGGACGCGAUGAAAGAAACCCUAGAAAACUCACUUUGCUUUGGGCUUUACGACACUGCCGUAUCCACCCCGACAGCGUCUUCAACACCCGCCUCCAAGUUCAUCGGUAUCGCCCGCUGUGUGACGGAUUUCGUGACAUUUGUCUACGUGACUGAUGUUUGGGUGGAUAGCGGCUACCAAGGCCAAGGGUUAGGGUCUUGGUUGAUUAAGUGUAUCCAGGAAACGAUAGAGCCGAUGCCAUAUCUGAGACGGAGCAUGUUAUUUACGGGCGACUGGGAACGGUCAGUGCCGUUCUAUGAGAAACUUAUGGAUAUGAAGGUGAUGAACGAGCCUCAAAGAGGCCAAGGCGUUGCUCUGCUAGAAAGAAAGGGGAGAGGGCACCCAAGUUAUGGCCAUGAAGGGACUGGCUAUAAUUGA